CCACCCUGUAUUUGGACCCACGCAGAAAGGUUCUCCUGGUUGAUAUUGAAAUUAUGUUUAAUAAUUCUUUCACUUCAUUAUAGGUGUUGUGACUGUGAAUUUUGUGGAUGAACACCUGACCUACUGUAUAGCUAUCCUACAGAAGGGCCUAAACACUCUUAAAUCACCUUUUAGACCAACCGAAGAAUCAAGCCCUUUAAUGUACAGAGAUGACACUCAGUGAAAAAUUGUUGGUCAUCUCUGAAACUCUGGAGGCUGUUCAGCAGUGACUGUGGAGGCCAGUCAGUAGGGGGCAGCAGUAAGACUACAUGCUUCCUGGUGACUCCAGAGAGGAAUUCAAGCCUUCACAAGCUCCAGACCAUCCAGAACUCUGCAGCCCACAUCCCUCUAACUGUGUAAAUCAGGCCAGGUCUAUGACUUUACAGGAUUCGGCAUUGGAUUUCUGACUGUGUGAGUCAGCUUUGACCAAUCGGGCAUCAGGAAUGCCAGCGAUCAGAGGGAGAGCAGCCAAAGCCCCUCUUCACAGCAGAGAGUAGAAUAAUUGGACAAGGAAAAGAGCGCCUGAAGGGGAAAAAAAUGCAUUAAAAAAAUACCCGGCAUCGUAUACAGCAAUGUGGACACUGAAGCCAUCAAAUCCUGUCAGCAGAUUCCUGUAACAUUCCCUCCCUUGGAAAUUGAUGCAUUUUGCAAUCAUUCCUGACUUCUUCCAUUUGAAAUUUGACCAAGUUUGCCAGGUUUAUGAAUACUAGAGUGCCUGCCAAUCGAAGAUAUCAGCCAACAGAGUACGAGCACGCAGCUAACUGUGCCACCCACGCAUUGUGGAUCGUCCCCAGUAUUCUCGGUAGCUUCAUCCUCUGCUGCCUUUCGGACGAUCAGUGGGAGAUGAUCUCUGCCUGGAUCUACGGCUUUGGACUCUGUGGCCUUUUCAUUGUUUCCACUGUCUUUCACACCAUCUCCUGGAAGAAGAGACACUUACGAACGUCAAAGAAAAGUGGGCCACGAUUUGAGCAUAAGAAGACAAUGACGCCAACACACCCUCCACUCUGCCACCCCUCACCUGGGACUGAAUCAGCAUCCAUUAACCUGACAACCCGUUUUGGAAUAGCUAAGCUGAUGCUACGGGAGCUGGGACCCUGGACAUCCCACAUGCGAUGGAUCAUAUGGAUAAUGGCCUGUGUAGGGACCAUCUAUGUGUUUCUGUUUCAUGAAAGGUACAAAAUUGUGGAGUUGAUCUGUUACUCAGUUAUGUGUACCUUCCCAGCCCUAGUGGUUCUGUCAAUGACUAACACUGAGGGGCUGUUUGAAAUGCUCAUGGGUGGCCUCUUCUACUGCUUGGGGAUGGUUUUCUUCAAGAGCGAUGGACGCAUUCCCUUUGCCCACGCCAUUUGGCACCUUUUCGUAUCUAUUGGAGCUGGUGUCCAUUACUACGCCAUCUGGAAAUAUUUGUACCACCCAGCGAUGCUGGCAAUCAGGACUUCCAAAUGAUGGUGUCUUGGCUGUGACACACACACACAGACGCACACACACAGACGCACAUACACG